CCCAGUUAUACAUUUCAUUUCUCCUGUGUACACUAAUUAGGUUUUCGAUCUCCCUCUUUCUCUAUCUCUCUCCGCGAUUCCGAUCUCGAACAAAGAUGUAUAUUUAUUUUUGGUCUGAAUAAGCUGAUAGAUAAAAUAUCAGAAUCAUGAGCUCUUGGUUGUGGUGUCCAAUCCCAACCAUUAACUGAAACUUCAGUCUUAUUCUUUCUAAAUUAUUGAACAAAGGUGUGGAACUUGAAAUUUAGUGAUUCCGAGGAUAUUUGAGAAAUAAAUACCAUGUCUACUUCCUAUGGUGACACAAACCUUUCUGCACGUAAAAGCAGCAGCGAGAGAAUGCAAAUGUUCAUCUCAGAUGAGCGAUUCCAUUAUAGGGCCAAUUCCUACCUUUCUGAUAUAUAUGCGCAAGCAUACUUCACCAAUUCUUCGCGAGUCCAUACGUCCCACAGAGAAGUUUCGUCAGCUCCCUAUGACUUGAUGGCUAAUACCCGAUCCUCUAUUAUUUUAAACACUCCAUAUAACUCCUGCUUCUCCUCGGCAAAACAACCUGAUUCUUCACUAAGCUCCAAUAUCUCCCACCAUAGUUCUCAGUCAGUAUUGGAUAAUCGAAGCUCUGAGCACGAAGUGGACUUCACCGAAGAUGACAUCAGGUUGAAGCUUCAAGAACUGGAGCAGGCAUUAUUGAAUGAUAAUGAUCCAGACCAAGAUAUGGGUAUUGAUGAGGAAUGGGUCGAACCUAUUAAAGAACUCUUAGUUGCAAGCUCACCAAAGGAGUCGUCGUCAGAGUCAAUCAUCUAUUGUAUCGGUAAUCGUAAAGAAGCACAAACUCCCAAGCAGCUGCUUUUCGACUGCGCGGCCGCGAUAUUGGAAGAUAGCAUAGAAGAAGCGCAAGCGAUCAUAAACGAGCUUCGGCACAUGGUCUCUAUCCAAGGGGAUCCACCUCAAAGGCUCGCGGCCUACCUUGUCGAAGGCCUCGCGGCUAGAAUAGCCUCUUCAGGACAGGGUCUAUACAAAGCAUUGAAAUGCAAAGAACCACCAACGUCUGAUCGGCUCUCGGCAAUGCAGAUACUAUUCGAAGUUUGCCCAUGUUUCAAGUUCGGGUUCAUGGCCGCCAACUACGCUAUCACCGAGGCCUUUAAAGGCGAAGAGAGAGUCCACAUAAUAGACUUUGACAUUAACCAAGGGAGCCAGUACAUAACCCUGAUACAAUCGCUUUCGACUAUGUCGAACAAUCCGCCUCACUUGAGAAUAACUGGGGUGGAUGAUCCUGAAUCAGUGCAGCGGGCGGUAGGCGGGUUGAAAAUUAUAGGGCAGCGGCUUGAGAAGCUGGCGGAGGGCUGUGGCGUUCCAUUUGAGUUUCGAGCAAUAGCAUCAAGGACUGAGGACGUGACGCCUGCGAUGCUAGAUUGCCGCCCUGGGGAGGCAUUACUAGUCAAUUUCGCGUUUCAGCUUCACCACAUGCCGGACGAGAGCGUGUCAACAGUGAACCAGAGAGACCAGCUCCUUCGCAUGGUGAAAGGCCUCGGGCCAAAACUUGUGACGGUUGUCGAGCAGGAUGUGAACACUAACACAGCACCAUUUUUUCCAAGGUUUGUGGAGGUCUACAAUUAUUAUUCGGCAGUAUUUAAUUCACUUGAUGCUGCUCUUCCACGGGAGAGUGCAGAUAGAAUGAACGUCGAGAAGCAAUGCCUCGCACGAGACAUCGUCAACAUUGUAGCUUGCGAAGGCGCCGAUCGCAUAGAGAGGUAUGAAGCUGCGGGAAAAUGGAGAGCGCGAAUGACAAUGGCGGGGUUCGUCUCGUGCCCGUUUAACGCAAACAGUAGCGGGUCUAUAAGAUCGUUACUGAAGUCGUACUGCGACAGGUACAAGGUUAAGGAGGAAGGAGGGGCACUCUACUUCGGUUGGGAGGAUAAAACUUUGGUUGUCGCCUCGGCAUGGCAAUAACAACUUAUUGCUCUUACUUUGCCCUAAGUUUGUAUCUGUGUGUUGUGUAAAUGUUAACUAAUUUGUACUACAUCUUUUUUUGAGUGCAUGUAAAAAGUGAUUCGAUUCGUCGAAUUGAAUAGCCAAGUGAAGGAUAUAAAGAUACAGCUAUAUCCAUGUAUGUUUAUUCCACUUUUACGGAUUUGUUGGUUUUGCCCACUCUGUAUGAAAUGUUUAUAUGAAAAGUUUUUGUUGGUGAA